GAGGCGUACAUAAGGGCUGGGUCACAACCUGCUCUAAACUCACUCUCCCUCACGCACACACUCCCACAUACGCGUAUUUCAAGGCUGGUGUCUGUGGUGACAAGUCCAACAUCAAUGGCCAUCCUACACAUUGCAGCAAUCCUCUGCGUGGCGUAUGCUGGGAGCUCCCUUGCCGUUCCCCCGUACGCAGCGGUGUGCAGCAAUGGGCCGGACGCCUGGUGCCGUGAUCUGGACACGGCGGUGCAGUGCGGCGCCGUCGGGAUCUGCCUGCCUGUCUGGAAAGAGAAUGGAUUCGUGUGCGAGUUCUGUGAAGCGUUCAUGGUUUCCCUCGACAGCAUUUUGAAAGACCCUAAAACCCAGGCUGACGUGAAGAACGACCUGGACAUGGUGUGUGAGCUGUUGGUGUUUAGCACUCUACGUGCAGACUGCCACGAGGCUGUCGAAGAGUUCUUGCCCAAGGUGUUCUCUUAUCUAAAGGGCCUCCUGGCUGAUCCCAAGAAAGCGUGCAGUACCCUGUACCUAUGCAGCACGGAUGGUGAACUGGCUCUGCGAGGUACCCCAAUCCCACAGCUCAAAGAGCUGAACGUGACAUGCAAGCUGUGCAAGAAUGUAGUGGCAGCGGUUCAUGACACAUUGACUGAUCCUGCCACGAAGAAGGACAUUGGUGGAUACGUCGAUGCUGUCUGCAAGAUGAUGACCUUCCAGCCACUUGCAAACAAAUGCAAGCGCCUUGCCGACAAGUACCUGCCCGUGCUCUUCAACUACAUCGACAAAAACCUGGUGCCGGAUAAAGUCUGCAAGGCGUUGAGGUGGUGCCCUUCAAAGCAAGGGAUUGGGUUUGCUUGCAACGAGAUGCCCUCCUGCCAAGACUUGGAUGACCCCAUGUGCCAUGCGUGUCGCACUCUGGAGAAAGCCCUGAGCCUCUCGCUCCUGAAUCUGGUCUUCCCAGCCCAGGAGAACCUUGUCUUGGCUGACUGGACCCCAAUGAACUCGCUGCAGAAGGAAUACUCUAUUGUGGAUAUGGUGAGCCAGAUGGUGGCUAUGGUGCUGCCCUUACAUUGCCUGCAGGGGCCCUCCUACUGGUGUCGGUCCACAGACACCGCCAACAUCUGCAAUGCCAUGGAGCACUGCACAGAAAAGGUGUGGGGAUCUACUUAUCCCUGAAUAUAUUUGUCCUGGUGUGACCUAAAUGUCUGCCAUUGAAAACCGAUCACCUUUUGAAAUGUAUAAUUAGUAUUCCAUUAUGGCUUUGAACGCUCAAAUGUGCAUUUAACUAUUAUGAACACCACUGGUGAUUUGAUGCGGUGGUUGCCGGCCCCCUCUCGCUUCAUCACGAACUACAUUCUGUUGUGCAGUACACCCAAAACUACAGGAAUCCGCCCCAGUUAUAAGAUGCCACAUUACGUGUCCUUUUGCAUAUACAUCACUCAUUGGAGAACAUCGAUCGUAAUGUUUUGCAUAGGCUUUUUAUGGCAUAAUAAUAAUUGUCCACUAUCUAGGAACGCACGUGGUAAAAUCAUUUUGUGAUGUAAUGCUGCACUGUGUAUCGCCAAAAAAUCCCUCCACCCCCAUGAUCAGCCUGGGGUCUGCCAGUCCGCCAUUUUUAUAUGGGCAUUGUGCAUGCACGAUAGAAAUGCUGCAUAGCAUGAGGUUAUAAAUUGAAAAAUAUUAAAGGGUUUGGAAAGGAGUGGUAAAUGAUAGUGCCUCCCUGGAGUAAAAUCGAUUUUGCCAGCAUUCUUGGCCAACCCAUGACCUUGGUGAGAACUAUUCUAGUUGAUGCAGGAAAAUUUAUACCUCCUGCUCCCUACCCUCCCCACCCUUUAGCUGCUGGAAGUAAGGGAAAGGGUGAGCGAGGUAAGAGGCCUUGCCCACCUCGCAUGACCCAUCUGCCAUCUCGACCUUGGUGAUUUGGUUUUCUGAGGGGUGGGAAGUAUAGCACGUGAUACCUGCACUUGGAUCGGUCUCCAAGGAGGACCAUUGUCCUGUGUUCCCCUUUUUGUCUCGGGGCUGUCUGACAAGGUUUUAAAGCGGGUCUGAUUUGGACCCGGCUUAAUUGGCUGUUGUGGCAAUCUUGUGGUUAGCUUGGAUGUGAAUGUUACUAAAAGUUGAUGGCACAUGGGUUGCGGAUGGAGGAUCCCACCUAGCUGGAAAAGGUUGCUUUUUUAACAUUACAAAGAAAUCUGGGUGGUAUGACCGUUUGAGUGUUGGCGACUGCUAAUAAAAACGGGGCUUAACACCAAAUACUAAAGCCUUGGGUUUUUUGCUUUAAUUCUUAAAUUUAAUUGCCACAUCCUACAUCUUUUUCCCCAUCUGGAAAUCCGAUUUAGACGGUUUGUGUGUGGGUAUAAUUUUUUUUUCCUUUAAUAUAAAAUUUCUAUGUCAA